AUGAUGAUUUUUGUAACUCCGGAAUACUCUUACAUUCCACAUGUCAUCCGAAAUGAAAGAGAGGAAGAAAUUAGGGUUUCUAGCGGGGGAGACGAUGAUAUUGAAAUUCCACUGCUUAGUACUGAAGAAAUUGUAGAGUUAUAUGAAGUUGUUUUAUCGGAGUUGGUUAUUAAUUCGAAGCCAAUUAUUACUGAUCUCACGAUAAUCGCUGGGGAACAGAGAGAACAUGGUGCGGGCAUUGCCGACGCAAUUUGUGCUCGAAUUAUUGAGGUUCCAGUUGAGCAAAAACUUCCUUCUUUAUAUCUUCUGGACAGUAUUGUCAAAAAUAUUGGCAGAGAAUAUGUGAGACACUUUUCUGCACGCUUGCCUGAGGUCUAUUGUGCAGCAUACAGACAAGUGCACCCAAGUCUGCAUCCUUCCAUGCGUCAUCUUUUUGGUACAUGGUCAACAGUAUUCCCAGCUUCUGUUCUUCGAAAGAUUGAAUCUCAGUUACAGUUUUCCCCUUCACCAAGUUAUCAAUCUUCUGGUUUAAAAGAUGCUGAAUCCCCAAAACCAGCUCAUGGUAUACAUGUCAAUCCAAAAAACUUCAACAUUCGAACAAUUUCAACUCCAAAGAGUCUUGGACAGCCUUCAACUGCAUUUGAUGAAUACGAGACUGAUAAUGGACAGUCAAUAGGGUCAACUAGUCAACUAGGUCAUACUCUAUUUGGUCAUGGUCAUACAAGACCUCCAUCACCAGCUCUUGAAGAUUUUCCCAUGAUUGAUUCCCCUAAAAGAGUGGUUGAAGUUGCAUCACAUCACACAUCAAUCAUGGCUAUGGUUAUGACCACCUAG